GAAUUGUAGUGUGCAUACCUCCAAUCUUGAAACAAAAAAUGGCAGGAAAAGAGAUUUUCUUUCUGCUCACACUUAGUUAUCUUUUUACAGCUCCUUGCUUUUCUUUUCCUUUAUCAACAAAUGGGAGAUGGAUAUUUGAUGAUAAAACAGGCGAAAGAGUGAAAUUAACUUGUGCCAAUUGGCCAUCCCACGUAGAGCCAAUGGUAACUGAAGGGAUUGACAAGCAGCCGCUUCGCUAUAUAGUAUCUGAAUUGGUUAAAGAGAAGUUCAAUUGCGUUCGUUUUACAUGGGCAACACACAUGUUCACUCGCUAUUCAAAACGCACUGUUUUAAACUCCCUUAAAUCUUUCAACCUGACAAAGUCCAUAGCAGGAAUUGCUAAAAAUAACAAUUUUCUAUUGCGCUUGACUCUUGUCGAUGCCUUUGAAGCUGUCGUUGAUGAGUUUGGUAAACAAGGUGUUAUGGUCGUUUUUGAUAAUCAGGUGAGUAGACCAACUUGGUGCUGUGGUUAUGACGACGGUAAUGGUUUCUUUGGCGAUAAAGAUUUUGAUGUUGAAGAAUGGUUACGAGGUUUAACUAUGAUUGCUAAGCGAUUUAGGGGCAGACAUAACGUGAUAGGAAUAAGCACAAGAAACGAGAUACGUGGACCUCGUUCAAAUGAGGAAGACUGGUACAAGUACAUGGAACAAGGAAUAGAAACCAUUCACAAGGCAAAUCCUCAUGUACUAAUAUUUGCUUCAGGACUUGGUUAUGCUAGUGACCUAACUUUCUUGAAGAAAAAGCCUUUAGAGACUAGCUUUAAUAACAAAUUGGUGUACGAGGCACAUUGGUAUCCAUUUAGUUGGGGUCAUGGUGGAUAUUGGAGUAUGGAAGAUGUGAAUGGGGUCUGCUAUAACGAAACCCAACGUGUUUUUAACCAAACUGGAUUUGUUAUGAAUGCUGAGAAGCCAUUCCCUAUGUUUAUGGGUGAGUUUGGUCUAGACCAAAGAGCUUUCAGCAGAGGUGAUGAACGUUUCUUGGCUUGCUUUUUGGCCUAUGCAGCUGAAUUUGACUUGGAAUGGGUGUUAUGGGCAUGGCAAGGUAGCUCUAUCAUUAUAGAGAAAAUCAAAUUGGUAUGGAGGAGACUUAUGGUGUUAUGGAUUACAAUUGGGACCGUGUUAGAAACCCAGAAUAUCAGAGAAGGAUGGAACUUAUUAAGUUGAAGCUUCAAGACCCAAGUUUAAAAUCUCAGGUAUCCCAUAUAAUGUUUCAUCCACAGAGCGGAACCUGCAUCAGUGCAGACGGUACAGAGGGAAUAUCUGCAGGCGAUUGCAAGGCACCAAGCCAUUGGGUUCAUACCAGAGAUGGGGAUCCGAUCAGGUUGAAGGGCAAAAGACUAUGCAUUAAAGUUGUUAGUAAUGGAUGGGAACCAAUGCUUUCUGAAGAUUGCUCAAGCGAGCAAAGUUCUUGGAAAAAGCUUUCCAAGACCAAGUUUCACUUCGCUUCCGUAGAUGAUAAAGGACAACAAGUUUGCUUGCAGAAGGAAUCGCCCUACACUAGAAAGAUAAUUACUAGAAAUUGUACUUUGAUGCUUGAAGAUGCAGAAUAUCUAAAGAGUCCACUCAAUGAGCCAGUAGCCCAAUGGUUUAAAUUUGUCGAGACAAAUGUGUUAUAGCUAGAGAAACCAACUUAGAUUUUAUAUUCCUUUCUAAGUCAAGGGUAGUAUUUUCAGAAGUUGUGAUCUUUUUUAAUGGUAGAAUUCCUAGUGAAUAAUAUAUUUUUUUGAACAA